GAGACGUCAUCGGAGCGUGAACUGCGAAGCGAAGUUGAUGAGCUGCGCAAUGAAGUUUCAACUCUGCGCGAUACCCUCAAUGAACAGAUCGUCCUUUUUGCUGACGAACGCAAACGCUGGGAAGAGGAGCGAGUCAAGAUUCUGAAAUCGAACGGUGUGUCAUCGGCUCGUUUGGGUGGUUUUUCCACGAGCAACGAUCCCGCCUCUACAUCGCUGCUGACCACCGGUCAGCUUUCCGGCAAUAUGAAGUUGAUGGGUGAUGGCAAAGCAUAUGUUGUAAGUCGUGAUCGCCUCAUUUGA